AUGAGUAAGGCUCUAUGGUUUGCAUUUGAUAAUCCCGAUGAUACUCCGGUGAUAAAUCAUGUAUCAAAAUAUCUUAAUCAGAAGGUGAAAAGAACCUACAAAAUCUCAACAAUUCCCAAUAAAACUGAUCGAUAUCCAAAAAUCAACAUAUCUAAGCUUCAAUACUGUGAUAUCAUAGACAUUCAUAACCAAAAUAUCCAAGAAACAAUGGAUGCAAUCCUUAUAAAUUUGAUAGAUAAUCAUAUUCCCUUUAAGGAAUCUGACUAUGAAUCUCUUCUUGAUAUACUCACAAAUACAAUGAAAAAUCCUAGAGAAAACCUCUCAUUUCGUAUAGUACAAAAAGUUUUUGAGCAAAUCACUACUAAAUCUUCAGAAUUUUUACAUCUGGACUCCAGCAGAAACCUUCUUUUCCAGACACUUUACCAUGACGCCAUUGUUGCUGGACUUUUCUAUUAUUUUAACUCAGAUUUGACAAAACUCAAGAAUUCUUUGAAGGCACAGAUAUUACGAAUGAUAUUGCCUCAAUAUUACUAA